ACGCUGAGCGCGUCAGUGUGGCAGAAACACGGUGACAGAAGAGAGCGGAGCUGAAAAUCUGCCUCUACCAGGAUGAGAAGAUCAGCAGCAGUAACAUUUAUCCUUCUGCUUUCAUAUAUCUGCAGAACAUUAGGAGAGACAUGUGCAGAAAAUUGUGGGGAAAAAUUGGACACUUGCUCCUGCCACCCAACAUGUGAGUCUCUUGGGUCCUGCUGCUCUGACUACAAAGAGUCCUGCGUAAAUACCUCCCCGUACUCCGGGUCCAUCCUGGGUGGGACAGACUUUCUUGUCCUUGAUGCAACUUUCAACCAGAGCUCUUACAUUGUUUGUAGGUUUGAUGAUAGAAUUAACACUGUUGGGUACGUGGAUAAGGUUGGAGGAGGCCAUUGCAUUUCCCCACUGUUAUACGAAACCGGUUGGGUUUCUUUGCAGAUCUCCUCAGAUAACGGUACCACAUUCGACAAAGCCGGGGCCUGGCUUUCAGUUCACACGGGCAAGUUGGAUUCUCGAUUCAAAGCCGUUCUGGUGAACUCUACGAAGUGGCAGUACUACGGAACGCCAGGUGUUGGAGGAAAUCUACAGAUGACGUGGAACACCACUUUGGUCAACGCAGAAAAGGUCAACAUAGAGCUCUGGGGAUACAGAGAGACAGGAGAGCCAUACUCAGAGUACUGGCAGGGCGAGUGGCAGUACCUUUACUCCCUCGCCAAGGAUCACCCCAACAGUGGCUCUUUUAGCUUUUUGCCCAAAAUUGCGGAAGAUGGCUUUUCAAACUGGGAGCUCGGCGCCCUUCGUGUCAGCUCAGGCAGCUACCCUGACGGCAUGUGGAACGUCCAGGCAGCGUGGAGUGAGGAUCACGCGCUGGCCUGGCAUCUAGAGGAGAGCUUCAGGCAGAACUCAACAGCAUGGGCUGUGGAUAAGUGUCUGGCCUGGGACCAGCUGGAAAAUCAGCUGCCCAACUUCCUCACUGAGAUCAUCGACUGCCCGUGCACCCUGGCUCAAGCGAGAGCAGACACGGGGAGGUUUCAUACUGAUUAUGGCUGCGAUAUAGAGAAGGGCAGUGUGUGCACAUACCACCCUGGGAGUGUUCACUGUGUGAGGGCAAUACAAGCUAGUCCAAAAUAUGCAGCAGGACAACAGUGUUGCUACGACAGCACCGGCGCUCAGGUACUCACAGCAGACUCGAUCGGGGGUAGUACCCCAGACCGGGCUCACGACUGGGGGUCACCUCCUUUUAAGAAGCCCCCUCGGAUCCCAGGGCUGUCCCACUGGAUCUACGACGUUCUCAGCUUCUACUACUGCUGCCUCUGGUCGAACAACUGCCACUACUACUUCAAACACCGGCCCUCCAGUGACUGCAGGCGCUACCAGUCUCCCAGCUCUGCGGUGGUGUUUGGAGAUCCACACUUCAUUACCUUUGACGGCGUCAGCUACUCGUUCAACGGCAAAGGGGAAUACACUCUGGUCAGAUCGCAGGAGAAAGAGCUGACGGUCCAAGGCAGAACUGAACCUGUGAAGGAUUCAGGAGCCACGAUAAAGGCAACAAAGUUGACGGCUGUAGCCAUGAAAGAAGGCUCGUCCGACAUCAUAGAGGUGCGGCAGGAUGGUAGACAUGACGGCCUUGAAGUACUGCGCAAUCAGCAAAGCCUCUCCUUUGCAGAGCAGAACUGGAUGGAUUUAAAGGGCGUGUUCGUCUUUUCUCCCACCUCUACAAAUGUAACCGUGAUGUUUCCUUCUGGAGCCGGGGUGGAGGUGCGACGUCGGGGGGAAACUAUGACCACCACUGUCCUCCUGCCAGAGGAAUUCAAAGACUCCACUCUUGGACUGUUGGGAAAGAUGAACGGUGACGCCAAAGACGACCUAACCCUGUCCGAUGGGACGCUAGUGCAGAACCACAGCAACCCAGAGGAGCUGUUCAACUUUGGGGCGAGCUGGUCGGUACAGAACACCUCCGCCUUGUUUACAUAUGAUUCUGAAUAUCUUCUGAACACCUAUUACUUCGUUCCAAGACACGAUCCGAGUUUCAUUCCAGUAUUUUCAGUCCCAGAGAAUCCGGAUGAUCCGCUGAACAUUCAGGCCGCUGAGAUAUGCACCGGAGAGGGAUCUCAGUUCUGUAGGUGAGAGGAAGAGACAACAAACACGUUCGGUUUACAAC